CACUGCCAUAUGCUCGGCAGAGAAAAUUUUUAAAGAAGUACAAUUUAAGGAUGUUGUAUCAUGGAAUACUAUCAUCGGUGCGAUAGCAAAAAUUGGUGGACCCAAAAAUGCAGUAGAACUCUUCUCUCAGAUGUCCAUGGCUGGAGUGAUGCCUACCGAGGUCACAUUUGUUAGUCUUAUAAACUGCUGUAGAAGUUUGGAGAUUCCAAUUUCUGGAGAGUCGGUUCAUGCUAAGAUAAUCCAGCAUGCUUAUGAAUCUAAUGUCAUAGUUGGUAGUGUGUUGGUUGAUUUUUAUGCUAAAUGUGAUAACUUGAAAGCUGCCCAUCGCUGUUUUUACGAGAUAUGUGAGAAAAAUGUGGUCUCUUGGAAUGCUUUGAUUUCGGGUUACUCGAAUAGUUACUCACCUACAUCUAUACUUUUAUUGCAAGAAAUGCUUCAUUCAGGUUACCGACCUAAUGAGUUUUCAUUUUCUGCUGUUCUUAAGUCCUCAUUGGCAUUAGAGCUCCAACAACUUCAUUGCUUGGUUGUAAGAAUGGGCUUUGAGCAACACUAUUUUGUUCUGAGCUCUCUAAUAAUGUCGUAUGCCGAAAAUGGUUUAAUAUCUGAUGCCCUGGUCUUUGUCACAGCUUCUGAUGGUCUGCUUCCUGAUGUUCCCUCUAAUGCCAUUGCUGGAAUAUACAACAGAACUGGGCAAUAUUAUGAAACUCUAAGAUUCCUUUGUCCACUUGAAGAACUUGACAUUGUGUCCUGGAACAUUAUGAUUGCAGCUCUUGGCCGCAUUGGUUAUUACAAAGAGGUAUUUGAGCUUUUCCAACAGAUGCAUUUGAAUCAGGUCUGGCCAGACAAUUAUACAUUUGUUAGCCUUCUAAGUGUGUGUGCUAAACUUUGUGAUCUUGCUUUGGGAAGUUCUCUUCAUGCUUAUAUUAUUAAGACUGAUUUCAGUUCUUGUGACACAUUUGCAUGCAACGUUUUACUUGACAUGUAUGGGAAAUGUGGUAGCAUUGAAAGCUCAGUGAAAAUCUUUGAUGAAAUGAGAUGCAAAAACUUAAUCACCUGGACAGCUUUGAUUUCUGCUCUUGGAGUUAAUGGUUAUGUUCACAAGGCAUUAGAAAGAUUUAGAGAAAUGAUCUUACUGGGCUUUAAGCCUGACGGAGUAGCUUUUACUGCAGUUCUUACAGCUUGCAGGCAUGGUGGGUUAGGUAGGGAUGGAUUAGAGUUAUUCAGGCAAAUGACAAGUGAUUAUGGGGUUGAACCAAAAAUGGAUCAUUACCAGUGUGUGGUGGACUUGCUGGUUAAAGUUGGUCAUGUUACAGAAGCAGGGAACAUUAUUUCCAGUAUGCCCUUCCCUCCAAAUAUGAUUAUAUGGCGUUGUUUCCUUGAAGGCUGCAAGAGUAAUGGAAAUGCAAUAGACGUGGACCAAGCAGUAGCGCAUGCUUAACUGUGAAUCAGCCAAUUAAUUCCUUCAGAAGUAUUCUGACCAAUUUUUUUAUCCCCCCUGAUAAGCGCUACCUCCAAGGGAACUUUUAUGCUCACUGUGUUUGCUUAGAAAUUGUAGCCAGUGAAAGACAUUUCUUAUGUCUUAAAGCAGAGUAUUUUGAGGGUUAUAUUUUCAUGUUGAUCACGUGCAUGCUAAAUGCCUCCAUUAUUGAAAAGGUUGUAUGUCUUCAACAUCCAGAAAUGAGGAAUCUUAAUUCCCAUUGACACUAUAACAAUACAAGCUUUGGGAGUAAAGAGAAGGUAUGUGGUGAAGGCUGCGAAAAAAAAAAAAAAGUUGUGCAGUAAUUUGCUGUGGAACUGAAGACUAUUUGCGGAGUUAGAAACUUUAAUAUGUUGCACUUUAUUGCACCACUCACAAAGAGCUUUAUCAGGCAGUUAUUUAGUGUCACAAGAAGUCUAUGGGAUCUCGCAUUGCUGAGUGCAAGACCAUAGAGUUUCUCUAUUGACACCAAAGAACGUUCUCUCUCCGCUAUCUUCUGCUUUCCUUCUCCCUAUAUACAUUUUCGCCUAAUAGGAGAAGGCGCUGAAGCGCAUUUCGAUAGUCACAAAUAUAGCUUCAGUAUUAGAGGGCCUCUUCAGUUCCAGCUUCUGGAGCAACACUUACCUGCUUGCUAUUGUGAUGAGGUGAACAGAGAUGUUGUGAGAGGUUGGUGGGAGCAGACAAACUGGAGAGGAACCUACAUCAUCUUGCUGAGAUAUGAGUAUUAAUGCUUACUGCGUGGAGCGUUAUAUCAAUUCCUUUGGUGGAUCUGAUUUCAUUGUUGGAUGAGCUUAGGGGAACCACGUUGCAGUUAGUAGACCUUCAAAGAUGAUCAGUGUGUCCAUGUUCAUAUAGGUUGGACUCCUGUCGGUGCUUCCAUUGGUGGAUAUGGCAAUGCAAAGUAGACUCCUAGUGAUCCUUCAAAGCUGAACUGCUUGCAGACCAGAGACGUGGCUCAAUUAGCUCAACUGGGUUAUCCUUUCAAAAUUGGGGUGUGAAAAUUUGCUGUUAGAAGAAAUUUCCGAGAUAUAAAUUUUACAAGGUUUGUUAACCAAUAAAUAUGAUUUUGUUUGCUUGUCAGAUUGAAUUUUUGAUGCAUCAAUGCAUUGCAAAGUUAGAGUAGAUUGCAAAUUAAAUUAAUUAGUUACCCCUUUAGAUCUCAACUGGAAAAGCUCCAAAAUCAUGAUGGCCCUUGAUGAUUGUAUUUUUUCCUUCUAUUUUCUCAAAUUGGAUUGCUGUUGUAGUUCAGCGUUUCUUUAUUAGAGUAGUUCUUUGUUGGCUUUGUUUGUGCUCUCUAAUGUGUACUUUCUCUUUAAUGGACAUCUUAUCCUCACAAAUAUGUAUGUUCAGUUUCUCCUUAUUU